AUGAGUGUUCACGUUAAGAUCAAUGAUGAAAACAAGACUCCAUGGGAAGAUAUCAUUGAUGACAUAGAGAAUGACCUUGAUGAAAACAUGAUGGGAGCUCAAACGUCAGUUAAGGUCAAACUUGGUGAAGUUCAAGAAAAGAUCUCCGAGAUCAAUGCAAAAAUAUCAACACUUAAAGAGGUUGACGUUUAUUACAGAAGCUUGGAGAGAACUUUAAGCAAACUUGAACGUCAGAACCAAAGUCUCAUAGUUGUGCUCCAGAAACUCAGUCUCAUGCGUAAAGCAUAUAAUGACUACCUACAUGUAAGAGACUUACCUUCUUAUUCUACUCCAGAUCUCGACUUUUCCGAUAUCAGUCCAAUCCUUGCUGAUACAACACUCAAAAUUGCAGAGAUGCUUCCUACAUACCCAGAGUAUGAUAACUUACCUCAGCUCUUCGAGUAUCUCAAGAAAAAGUUCAUGAUCUUAUUAUGCGAGACCAUGAAAGGAAGACAAAACACCAGAACAGAACGAGAACAGAGCUUACUAAUAGACUUAUUAUAUUAUACUAAAGAAAUAAAGGAGUUUUUAUUCUAA